ACCUCCCUGUUGAAUAAAACAUGUGCACCUCAUGCUGCUGCUCUAUGCUGCUUGCAAAUUUAUUCUCCCUUCUUUUUCUUAGCAGAUGUAUCUCCGUUCGUUCGCUGUCUGCUCUCUCCUCCUGCUCUUCCUCCUCUGUGAGUUUCCCUUCCCCUUGUUUCUCUCUCUUUUCUACUCCCCACUUCUUCCCUUCUCCAUCUAAUAACGCUCGCUCUCCCAGGUAAUCGGCAUUGAACCAAGCAAUUCCCCCUCUCAUGCUCGAACUGUGAGUGGUUGACUGCGCUGAGCACGCUCCCAAAGCGCUCUAGGCAACACCUCCCCCCAUCCUUUCAGUCUGUACAGUACAGGCAGAAGAAGCAGAAGAAGUGUGCAAGAGCACGCUGUUGUCUUUGCUGCUACCCACCACAUUAGCAUAUAGAGACAGGAGGGAUGAGCUUUCAUAAAGAGAAAAAGCAGUGAGAGAGGAAACACUGUAUAACAAAGGCAGAAUAGAAAUUGGGGAGGGCAAGUAAGUUCCCCCCAAAGUGUUUUCUGUCACACCUCAGAUGACGGCCCCCAUGGGGUGAGGCACGUCCGCUGCACCCUCCAGAUGGCAUCAGGAUGAAACCAGCCCCUCUGUCCCAGGUUUAGCAACACAUGGAGCUUGGCCUCUUUUGGGAUUACAUCAAUGGACGAAUCCAGCAAUAUUCGCAACCUGGGCCCAGAGAAAGUGGAGAAAUGCAUGAGCUCCAUGCAGAUGGGGACCCAGAUGUUGAAGCUCCGCGGCAGCUCCAAGGGGCUCGUGCGGUUCUUCUAUUUGGACGAACACAAGUCCUGCAUCCGCUGGAGGCCGUCACGCAAGAAUGAAAAGGCCAAGAUUUCCAUCGACUCCAUCCGGGAGGUGUGUGAGGGUAAGCAGUCUGAGAUCUUCCAGCGCUAUGCAGAGGGCAGCUUUGACCCAAACUGUUGCUUCAGCCUCUACUAUGGAGAACACAUGGAGUCCCUGGACCUGGUGUCCACUACUGGUGAGGAGGCACGCACUUGGAUCACAGGCCUCAAGUACCUGGUGGCUGGGAUCAGUGAUGAGGACAGCCUUGCUAAGAGGCAGCGCACCCGUGACCACACAUGGCUAAAGCAGACCUUCACCGAGGCUGAUAAGAAUGGUGAUGGCAGCUUAAGCAUCAGCGAAGUUCUCCAGCUCCUGCACAAACUCAAUGUCAACCUGCCCCGACAGAAGGUCAAACAGAUGUUCAAGGAGGCAGACACAGAUGACACCCAGGGAACUCUGGGCUUUGAGGAGUUUUGUUCCUUCUACAAGAUGAUGUCGACCCGCAGGGAUCUGUACCUGCUCAUGCUCAGCUACAGCAACCACAAGGACCAUCUCAACACUGAUGACCUGGCCCGCUUCCUGGAGACUGAGCAGAAGAUGACCAAGGUUAGUAAAGACCACUGCCUGGACAUCAUCAGCAAAUUUGAGCCAUGCUCUGAGAACCAAAAGCAAGGCGUUUUGGGAAUUGAUGGUUUUACAAAUUAUAUGCGCAGCCCAGCAGGGGACAUCUUCAACCCAGAUCACUACAGCGUGAACCAGGACAUGACCCAGCCCCUGUGCAACUACUUCAUCGCCUCAUCACACAACACUUACCUGAUGGGUGACCAGUUAAUGUCACAGUCCAGGGUGGAUAUGUAUGCCUGGGUGCUGCAGUCUGGCUGUCGCUGUGUGGAAGUUGAUUGUUGGGACGGUCAGGACGGCGAGCCCAUUGUCCAUCAUGGCUACACCCUAACCUCCAAGAUCCUCUUCAGAGAUGUCAUUGAGACAAUCAACAAGUACGCCUUUGUCAAGAAUGACUACCCAGUGAUCCUGUCUAUAGAGAACCACUGCAGUGUUCCUCAGCAAAAGAAGAUGGCUCAGUACCUGAUUGAGAUCCUGGGGGACAAGCUGGAUGUCUCCAACAUCAAAGCUGAUGAAUCUGGGCAGCUGCCAUCCCCAGAAGCACUCAGGGGCAAGAUCCUUGUGAAGGGAAAGAAACUUCCUCCCAACAUAGACGAGAAUGCAGAGGAGGGAGAUGUGUCUGACGAGGACAGUGCUGAUGAGAUGGAGGAUGACUGUAAGCUGAUCAAUGGGGAUAUGUCAGCUGACAGAAAGCAAGUAGAGAACAUGGCCAAGAAGAAGCUUGACAACUUGAUGAAGGAAUCCAAGAUCCGAGACAGAGAGGAUCCAGACAGCUUUACCAUCACAGCCCUCCCUCCUGCUGGGAAGACCAUGGAUAAAACUGGCAGUAAGGGUAAAUGUAAGGAUGCGAUGGACACAGCAGAUGAGGCUUUUCCAAGCAGCAACAAGCGCUCAGGCCGCUCCUUCAUAGAGAGCUUCUCUAAACGCAAGAAAAAGGCAUCCAAGCUGAAGAAGGUCUCAAGCUUUGAAGACACAGACACAGACCAAGAAAGCACAAGCAGUGCUUCACGUGCUCCGCUGCAUCACAACAAAAAGAAGAAAACCAUGAAGCUGUCCAGAGCUCUGUCAGAUCUAGUCAAAUACACGCGGUCUGUGGGUCUCUAUGACAUCGAAGCACAAGCUAACUGUGGCUGGCAGGUAUCAUCUCUGAGUGAGACUAAAGCCCACCAGGUGAUGCAGCAAAAAGCGUCAUCCUUCAUUCAAUUCAACCAGCGGCAGCUGUCCCGCAUCUAUCCUUCCUCGUACCGUGUGGACUCCUCCAACUUCAACCCUCAGCCCUUCUGGAAUGCUGGGUGCCAGCUUGUUGCACUCAACUACCAGUCUGAAGGCAGGGUGCUCCAACUCAACAGAGCCAAAUUCUAUAGCAAUGGCAACUGUGGCUACAUCCUCAAACCGGCCUUCAUGUGCGAAGGUGCCUUUAACCCCAACGUGGAAGACCCCAUGCCUGGUCAGAUGAAGAAACAGCUGGUGUUAAAGGUCAUUAGUGGGCAACAGCUGCCCAAACCCAAAGACUCAAUGCUGGGAGACCGAGGAGAGAUCAUUGAUCCCUUUGUGGAAGUGGAGAUCAUUGGCCUCCCAGUGGAUUGCUGCAAGGAACAGACCAGAGUGGUGGAUGAUAAUGGUUUCAACCCGAUGUGGGAGGAGACUCUGGUGUUCAUGGUUCACAUGCCUGAGCUGGCCCUCGUUCGUUUCCUUGUGUGGGAUCAUGACCCAAUCGGCCAGGACUUCAUUGGCCAGCGUACCAUUGCCUUUAACAGCAUGAUGCCAGGCUAUCGCCAUGUGUACUUGGAAGGAAUGGAGGAAGCUUCCAUCUUUGUUCAUGUAGCUGUGAAUGACGUCACUGGUAAGGCAAGAGCAGCCAGCGGCAUCAAAGGGUUGUUUCACAGAAACCCAAAGCAGGCUUCCCUGGACAGUCACACUGCUGUACAGCACAGCCGUAAGAACCCGUUUGGGGCCCACCUCCUGCGCCGCACAGCCAGUGCACCUACCAAAGGUCAAUCCAAAAUCAAGAAAGGUUUACCAGACAUUGCAAUUGACACCAAAGACUACAGCUCAGAGGGAGCUAGUGAGGAACGAGAGACCGGGGAGGGAGAAAAGGCCUCUGCUGCUACCUCUCAGCACCACAAUGGGGAUUCACUGGCACCCCAACAAACCAAGGGACCGUGGAACCAUUCCGAAACUAAUUUUCAUCCCGAGGAAGGUAAAGAUUGUUCUACAGUACACAGACCAGAUGCCCCUCUUCCAUUUCUUGCACUAAACUCAGAAGACACCGAGAGCAUCCAUUCUGUCCGUCCUGCCUCCACUCAGGAAGAGUAUUCACAUCACUCCUCAUUUACAUCAGUACAUUCAACACAGCACACCAUUCCUUCAAAUGGGAUGGUACACAGUCCUAUUGUGGUGAAUGGAGAUGCUAUGAAACCUUCUACAGUUUCCAAAACCACAUCCCUCUUCCUGGCAAACCCUGUUGAGAAAAUGUUACUAUCAGGAUACAUUACAGACCCCCAAACCAACAAAAACACCUAUUUUUACGUGGAGCACAAAUCAAACCAAACCAGGACACUAUAGCAGAAACGAAAAGUGAUUCAAGAGUUUAAGUCUGAUGACCAAGCAGAGCUACCUCCUCAUGAAACCGUGUCGGCUAGAACCCCUGCAGUCCCUCCAGCUCAGAUUAGGAGAGCUUCUUUUAGCCAUGUGCCAUCUCACACUCCAAUAAGAAGAACAAAAAGUGAGGGCCAUGCUCGAGGAGAUGUAACCUCAGCUAGCUUGGCUCAGUACCAGAGAUCUGUGCAGAUGCUACUGUGAGUGAUCGUUUUUGGAGGAAACUGGAGGCAGGCAACUACCACGACAGCAUAUCAUCCUCCUCUAGUAUCUGUUCAAGUGACACUGCCACUGAAAUCUAUCUAACCUGGCCAGAAAGAGUCUCAACAGUCUAUCUCGAGCCAGCAAUACCUGUGACGCUUCCUGGGCCAGCUGUUGUCACCCAGCGUUCAUCUGCGGCAAUGCAAGAGCAAGUCAAACCUCAAUAUUUAGCAAACUGA